AUGAAAGACUGGCGAAGGCCUCCCAAUGGUGUGUUAUAUGUGCCGAAAAGAAGUAUGAGUCAGUGAUUAAAAAUGUUUUUCCUGGGUUCUUCGAUUUUUCUAAAUUGUCUUAGUGGUUUCGCGAUUAUUUCUGUAUCUAUCUACUUUUAUAUCGGAUACAAAUUAAGUUAUUGGAAGAGAAAAGGAAUCCCUUCGCCUCCCACUCACUGGUUAUUUGGAAACUUCAAAGAUGCCAUUCUUGGUCGAACUUCUGUUGGUGAUCUCCUCGGUAAACUCCACAAAGAAGCAGGGGACGAGCCAUUCAUUGGAAUUUACGUAAUGCAUAAACCACUUUUCCUCAUGAGAGAUCCAGAGCUAAUCAAGCAAAUUCUCGUGAAAGAUUUUCAUAUCUUUCAGAACCGUUAUUUUUCUUCAGCAAAAUCCAAAGACCUUAUUGGUAGCACUGGACUCUUUUCGAUUGACAAUCCUAAAUGGAAAUAUUUGAGGACAAAGCUUUCCCCAGCUUUUUCUACUGGAAAACAGAAAAAACUUUUCGCGCUAAUGAUAGAAACCUCAGAAAAUAUGAGAAAUUUUCUUGAUAAUCAGUUUAACGAGAGUGAAAAAGUAAAAAAUGUAGAUACAUAUAUUGUGGCUGUUCGAUAUAUCACGGAUGUUAUAUCUUCCCUUGCUUAUGGAGUGAAAAUCAAUUCCUUUGGAAAUGAUCAAGAAUAUUUCAACCGUAGUCACGAACCUUUCAAGAAAUCUUUCAUAGGAUCAAUUUGGCUCUUUGCAAUCUUUUUCUUUCCAGCACUCUCAACUUUCAUAAGUAUUUUUAAUGAAGGUAUAUUGGGAAGUUCUACAAAUUAUUUUCGAAAUUUGUUUUGGGAUGUGAUGAAUCAACGUGAAAAAUCAGGAACCAAGCGAGGAGAUACCAUUGAUUCAUUGUUGCAAAUAAAAAACGAGAGAGAUCAAUUAGAUUUCGAGAUUCCCGAUGACACACUUUUGGCGCAGCCUGUUAUUUUUUCUAUAGCUGGUACUGAGACCACUUCUAUAACAAUUGCACAAACACUUAUGGAAUUGGCAAAAAAUCCUGUUCUUCAGGGUCAAGUGAGACAAAAUAUUAAAGAAGAGUUGGAAAAACAUGGAUUCACAUAUGAAGGCAUUCAAGAAAUGAAACUUUUAUAUCAAGCCAUUUCUGAAACUAUGAGGCUUUAUCCUGCUGAACCUAUUAUUGACAGAGUUGCAUUACAAGAUUAUAAGAUUCCUGGAACAGAUAUUGUACUGAUAAAAGGUACAGCGGUUUAUGCAGCACUCAAUGGCCUUCAUGAAGAUCCAAGAUUUCAUAAAGAUCCGUUAAAAUACGAUCCUGACAGAUUCAGUGAGGAAAGAAAGUCUGAUAUUGUCCCCUGUACUUAUAUGCCUUUUGGAAUCGGUCCCAGAUCUUGCAUAGGAGAAAGAGUUGGAAUGCUGCUCACCGCAGUUGGAAUAGCAACAAUGCUACGAGACUACGAAGUUUCUCUAAACCCCUUGUAUAAAAAUGAAUUGGAUCCACGAGCAAUUUUUGUUCUACCUUUAGAUGGAGUUAAUUUAGAUUUCAAAAAAUUUAAUGAGACUGGAGAAGUCAAAAAUGUAGACUCUCAGAAUGUGUCUAUUAGAUGUGUCACGGAUGUUAUAUCUUCCCUUGCUUAUGGAAUGAGGACCAAUUCUUUUGGAAAUCAUGAAGAAUUUUUCAACUGUAUCAUUAAAAUGCUCUUCCUGGGUUCGUCCAUUUUUCUGAAUCUUCUUGGUGCUUUUGCGUUUAUUUCUAUAUCUAUUCACUUCUAUUCCGGAUACAAAUUACGUUAUUGGAAAAGAAAAGGAGUCCGUUCGCCACCCACUCACUGGUUGUUUGGAAACUUCAAAGAUGCCAUUCUUGGUCGAAUUUCUGUUGGUGAUCUCCUCGGUAAACUCCACAAAGAAGCAGGGGAUGAGCCAUUCAUUGGAAUUUACAUAGUGCAUAAACCAUUUUUACUCAUCAGAGAUCCAGAGCUGAUCAAACAAGUUUUCGUGAAGGAUUUUCAAAUCUUUCAGAAUCGUUAUUUUUCCGCUGUCAAAUCUAAAGACCUUAUUGCUAGUACUGGAAUAUUUUCUAUUAACAAUCCAGAAUGGAAAUAUCUGAGAAAUAAGCUUUCGCCAGCUUUUUCCAGUGGAAAGCAAAAGAAACUUUUCUCAUUAAUGAUAGAGUCUUCAGAAAAUAUGAGAAAUUUUCUUUGUGCUCAGUUUGACGAGACUGAAAAAGUCAAAAAUGUAGACUCUCAGAAUGUGUCUAUUAGAUAUGUCACGGAUGUUAUAUCUUCCCUUGCUUAUGGAGUGAGGACCAAUUCUUUUGGAAAUGAUCACGAAUUUUUCAACCGUAAUCGUGAACCAUUGGAGCCCUCUCGCAUAGGAUCAUUUAUGCUCUUUCUAGCCUUCUUUUUCCCAGUUCUCACUAUUUUCACAACUUUUUUCGAUAGGGGUAUAUUGGGAAGUUCUACUAAAUAUUUUCGCACUCUGUUUUGGGAUGUCAUGAACCAACGCGAAAAAUCAGGAAACAAACGAGGCGAUGCCAUUGACCCUUUGUUGGAAAUAAAAAACGAAAGAGACAAGCUAGAUUUUGAAAUUCCCGACGAUACACUUUUGGCGCAGUCUGUUAAUUUAUCUUUAGCCGGCACUGAAAGCAGUUCUGCAACAAUUGCAUUAACGCUUAUGCAACUCGCGAAAAAUCCUGUUUUCCAGGAUAGAGUGAGAAAAAACAUUCAAGAAGAGGUGGGAAAACACGGAUUCACAUAUGAAGGCAUUCAAGGCAUGACAUUUUUAUAUCAGGCGAUUUCUGAAACUAUGAGGCUUUAUACUGCAGUGCCAAUGCUUGAUCGAGUUGCAUUACAAAAUUAUACAAUUCCUGGAACAGAUAUUGUACUUGAAAAGGGAACACCGGUUUAUGUAUCAUUUUAUGGCCUCCAUGAAGAUCCCAGAUUUUAUAAAGAUCCAUUAAAAUACGAUCCAGACAGAUUCAGCGAGGAAAAAAAGGGAGAUAUUGUCCCUUGUACUUAUAUACCUUUUGGAAUAGGUCCCAGAGCUUGCAUAGGGGAGCGAGUUGGAAUGCUGCAAGUCGCAGUUGGACUGGCGACAAUCCUAGGAGACUACAAAGUUGCUCUAAGCCCUUUGCAUAAAUAUGAAUUAGAUCCACGAGCACUUUUUCUUCAAGUUUCAUCAGACGGAGUCAAAUUAGAUUUCAAAAAAGUUUCCAAUUAGGAUGAAAAAAUUCUUCUAGUA